CCCCGGCCAAUCAAGCAUCGCGCGGCGCAGCCAUGUAUAUUCUGCCCGCGCCAGCGUACGUACGUGCUCCGAUCCUCCUGCCCCCGCGCACCACGUAGCUGGGCUAAGUGCAGCCACACACGCCCCCUGCGAGGCCACGCUCUCCUCCCGCGCACCAUAGGUCCAUCACAUCUCGAGCCCCGCGCGCGCGCCCCCGCCCCCGCCCGCCCGUCCCGCCUCUUAACGUCUAGUAGUACACAACCCCUCCACCCGCCCGCGCGCCUGCUCUCCCACCAACCGAUCCCCGAUCUUUUCCUCCUCGCAUACCCGCCAGUUGCACCACACCAUAGCACCUAUAUCGCGCCGGGAAAUCAACCACGCAGCGAGGAGCGAGCCUGCAUGGCGCCGUCCGACUCUGAGCCAUGCACGCAGCGGCCACCUGCCGAGGAGCUGCAGCCGGCGAUGGCUCGCGACCCUGCUUCGGAGGAGCGGGCGCCGGCGGCAGGCACUUUCGAGUCCGCCCAGGCGCCGGCUGAGGCGGCCAGACAGGCUCAGGCAGAGGCGGAGAAGAAGAAGGACAGAGCAGCGGAAGCGGCAGAAAGCGUCGGCGUGGAGGUGGCGAGGCGGCCGGCGGCGGGGGAGGAGAGCGCGCGGGAGCGGCUGAAGCGCCACCGGACGGAGAUGGCGGGGCGGGUGCGGAUCCCGGAGAUGUGGGGCAAGGAGCGGAUGCUCAAGGAUUGGGUCGACUGCGCCGUCUUCGACCGCCCGCUCGCCGCCACCACCGGGCUGCUCACCGCCCGCGACGCGCUCGUUGCCGAGUGCGCCGCCGCGCGCCCUCGGCCCGCGCACGGCUCCACGGGGCGCCCGCUCCGGGUACAGAACGGCUGCUCGUGAUCGAUCAACCUCGAGCGUGCUAGUUGAGACUGCUUUGUUUUUGCUUCUUCUCAUUCCAAGUGAUCGCGUACGUACGUUACGAGCUCGAUCUCUAUUUGAAUCUAUUAGCCGGAGUAUAAAUUUGGUCGAUGGUACCCCAUGAAGUAAUAUCGGUUACUCUACUCAUGCUUGACUAGUACUGGUGGAUGUAAUUAACUAGUUGAUCACCAUUUAGGCAUGUUACAAUAUUAUUGUUCGAACAAAUACUCCAUGACAGCUGAGUGGAUUAUUCAAGCUGUUGUUUAAACCAUCGGCAUCUUUCAUUUUGUCAUGUUCA